AUGGUUCAGUCCAAUGUGGACAGUCGUACAAGAACGCGCAGGACGAAACAUUCCGAAGAACAAGCACCGUUGGUUGAAUCGUAUCUUAACAGCAACAGCAGCACCAUAUAUCAUGGGAUUGAUGGCCCGGCUGCUUUUCAAGAUGACGUUCAGAAGAUAGGAAGUCAAGUGCAGAUCCUCACUGUUGGACAGUCUAGCCACGAUGAAGAUGAUGGAGAGAAAACGGCUAGUGGCCAACAACAGCAAAGCAAACAAGAUCUUAGAGCAGCAAUGCAGAAAAAAGAUCCCCAUGCAAAUACAUCCUGGUCCUCUUCCACCUCCCAAUCCAGUCUUGUCGCCUUGGACCAUGUUCCUGGCAUUUCUAGCAGCAUGAAUUUUGAUGAGGAAGAGGAUGAGGAAGAUGAAGACAGCUCCAGUUCUUCACAGUUAAACAGCAACACCCGGCCCGGUUCUGCCACAAGCAAGAAAUCCAACAAGGAAGCUGCGUCAGCCCCCAGUCCUUCCACAAAUGAGCCUCUCAUAGAUGUCGAUGACCUCGAGGAAUUUGCCAUAAGACCUGCUCCUCAGGGCGUCACCGUCAAAUGCAGAAUCACAAGAGACAAGAAGGGAAUGGACCGAGGGAUGUACCCUACUUAUUACCUCCACUUGGAAAGGGAGCAUGGUAAAAAGGUGUUUCUGUUAGCUGGAAGGAAACGAAAGAAGAGUAAAACCUCUAAUUACCUCAUCUCCAUAGACCCAACUGACCUGUCUCGGGGUGGAGAGAGUUUUAUUGGAAAACUGAGAUCAAAUCUUAUGGGAACUAAGUUUACAGUUUAUGACAAUGGAGUAAAUCCAAUGAAGACAACAUCAAGCCUGGAGGCGAGUAUCCUGCGUCAGGAGCUAGCUGCCAUUUGUUACGAAACAAAUGUCUUGGGGUUUAAAGGACCUCGUAAAAUGAGUGUGAUCAUACCAGGAAUGAAUAUGGACCACGAAAGAGUUUCCAUCAGACCACGAAAUGAACACGAGACGCUUCUUGCAAGAUGGCAGAACAAAAAUACAGAGAGUGUCAUUGAGCUGCAUAAUAAAACGCCGGUCUGGAACGAUGACACCCAAUCCUAUGUUUUAAACUUCCACGGGCGAGUCACACAGGCCUCAGUGAAAAACUUCCAAAUUAUUCAUGAUAAUGAUCCUGACUACAUCGUGAUGCAGUUUGGCCGCGUGGCUGAGGAUGUGUUCACCAUGGACUACAACUACCCGAUGUGCGCGCUACAAGCCUUUGCUAUUGCCCUUUCAAGUUUUGACAGCAAGCUGGCUUGUGAGUAAAGGGGCAUGGGUGAGCAUCCUCUCAAAGGAAGCAGUUUGCCAUACGGUUCCCAAUUCCUGCUGGUGUCGCUUACGGUCCGUACUAAACAGGCCAGGGAAAGUGCAGUUUCGGAGGACCGCUCUAUUGCUGAAGAGAAAGUAAAAGGAAUCUUCUAAAAAUUCAGGACAUUCAGGAAAUAAUAUUUUCCUUUUUUUUUCCUGUCAUAUUUUUCUGGAAGUGUCAUCAAGUUUGUGUAAAUAGGAGUUCUAUCUCAUGUCCUUGAUUAUGUUAUGGAGAUGUGCCAUGAUGUACUGUACCGUGGCUCUAGUAGCACCAUUAUAACGGUGUCUUUUUUAAAUCCAGAAAGGGCGUGCACGCUCAAAAAAUUUCUUUUUACAUUUAAGAAUUAUUCCGAGGCUGCAAUCAUACCUUGAGGUUGCGUUCCUACAUCGACUAAUCA